CACGAAAAACUUUCUAGUGCGCACGAGAAAGUUUCUGGUGCGCGCGAGAAACUUUCUGGUGCGCACGAGAAACUUUCUGGUGCGCACAAGAAACUUUCUGGUGAGCCCGAGAAGUCAAGACUAGUGAGAAUGGAUGCCAAGGAGGAGGUAUUCAUCUUCCUGAAAACCCAAAGAAAUUUACCGGAUAGUGUUAUCAACAAACUUAAAGAUGAUAAGAUCGACAUUAAAGUCAUAAACGUUAUGACUGAUGACGAAUUAAAGCAGUAUAUAGAGAGAUAUGGGGACCGACUCGCACUGAGAGCAUUUUGUCGUCAAGGAACUGAGACAAAAGAAAGUGGAGUGAAACCCAGUCUCAUACAGAGAGUAAGAGACAGACUAAGGGAACGGGAACAACUGAAAACAUCUGCCGACAAUGGCACCGCAGCAGGCCCAAGCCGUAAAGUUGGCAACAGCUAUGCAACCAAAGACAACCGACGGAUUGAAAUGGGAUGGCUCCACUACGAUAAAGUGGAUUUUCAUCAAGUCAGAACAAAACAUGGAGGUGGAACACGGCACCUGACUGUUGAGAAAACCGUUACUAUGGAGGAGCUACUGGAGAUUGGCAAAGGCUUGUUCUUUCCAAAUGGACAAUCUUCGAAAGGACUGGUUGAAGGCCUUCAAUUUGAUAUCCGGGAUUUCAGUCACAACCCUGUACCCCUUGAGAGCACGGUGAGCCAGCUAUACGACCAGACUAAACUACGAAUGCUACGCAUCUAUACCUGCUCCAGACAAAAGGAUCAAAUUGACCCUGAGGACGUCUCAAUACUUCUUUCUGAUACAUCAUCGGACUUCGAGCCUACAAAGGAGAGUCCAAUGAAGACCAGGAAAGUGCAGAGGCGAUCUCUAAGGAACAAAACCAGAAAAUACCAAUCCGAGAAAACUGGAAAUGAUCAUCAGGUGGACCAUCUACAGAGAUCUUCCAAUUCAGCACCCAGUGUUUCAACAGAGAGAAACGAUGAAAGAACAGGAGAACCAAUAAUUCAAGACCAGCCCCUCCUCGCAGAGGUCCUCAACUCACCAUCUUACGAUGAUGUUGGGAUUCAUUCUGGCCACUCCACGAGUAGGCUUGGAUCUGAAGAAGAGUAUGUAAUGACUGGGUCAUAUCAAGAUGCAGAAGAGUUGCCCUGUGAAGACUCCGAUUUCCGUCUCGCCUUUGACAUCCAGGAAACUCUUGAAGACUCUGAAGUACAAUUUGGACCCAUUUCUGAUUAUGAUGGUGAUGAUCAAGACUACACUCUUCCCUGGAAUCCACAUGACCUCACCACCACGCAGCAUUCAUCACUGAACGACGGACCUGUAUUGUUAAACAGUAUUCCUGCAUCACCAGAAAAAAAUGAAAAAGAAGUCCAGUAUGUGAAAUUAAGACGAGUAAGCAUAGUUCAAGAUGUGCUUAAUGUCUUCAUGGACCCCAAAGUACUCACGGUUAAUCUAAAAAUGGAGUUAAAAAAUGAGAAAGCGGUGGACAGUGAUGGUGUAUCAAGAGAGGUGUACUCUGCGUUCUGGGAACACUUCUUGGAACAGUGUGAGGGGGAAGAUGAACGAGUGCCCAGAUUGCAACCAGACUAUUCUGAGAAGGAAUGGCAAGCUGUUGGAAGAGUUUGGUUGAAAGGAUAUUUGGACCACAACAUCCUCCCAAUCAGACUGUCACCAGCUUUUAUUCUUGCCUGUUGUCAAGGAGUCAGUUCAGUGGAUGAAGAACUCUUGAUGAUGUCAUUUGCCAGGUUUCUUUCAGUGUCUGAGCGAGCAUCGGUUGAACAAGCACUACAGGGCAACAUGGAUGAAACUGCUGAGGAGGACUUACUUGACCUUUUCUCAAGGAUGGGCUCACACAUCCUGCCUUCUAAAGACAACCUCCGGCCUGCCAUUUUAACAAUGGCACACAAAGUUCUUCUUCAAGAGCCAAAGUUCAUAAUUGACUGUUUCCACUCCAGUAUUCACUGUAUUCACAAUGCUGUCCCCAUGUCCAUAACAAAAGACAGCAUAAUGGAACUUUAUGAAUCUAAGAGGCCAACAAACAAGAAAGUAGCCAAGAUAAUAAAGCCAUCAAGUGAGAACCUGAAUCAACAGGAGCAAACAGCACUUAACCACCUGCUGCGGUAUGUGAGAAGCACUGACCAAAAAAAACUUGAGAUAUUCUUGCGCUUCUGCACAGGAUCCACAGUACUGUGCAAAGGCACAAUCGAAGUAACUUUUAACAGGUUGUGUGGUUUAAGUCGCAGGCCUGUGGCACACACAUGUGGAGCAGUUCUUGAAUUGCCAUGCACCUACAGUUCAUACCCAGACUUUCGUGCAGAGUUUGACAGCAUCCUAUCUGGCAAUUGCUUUGAAAUGAAUAUUUUGUAAUGGACGGACGGGAUCUUACACACUGCUAUGUCCAUCUUCAAAGUUACAUUAUGUAUCUGAUGGCAGUGUCCGGAUCCUUUGCAUAGACCAUUGCUAUUAGUUUAACAUUGUCAGCACUGUCAUUGCCGCAAGACAUGAAUAAGAGUUACACAACUCAUCUGAAAAAGAAAUGUUAUUGCCAAUUUAAUGUUCAUUGGGAGUCUGAAACUGUAUUCAAGUCCAAAAUACAAGUUUUGUUUAUGCAUACUGAUGAGUCUGUCAGACCUGUGUUUAUGUGUAUGCAUUAAUUUACCAGGCAUGUGCAAAUGUUACAUGUUCAUGUGCAUAUUUUAUGCAGUUGAAAUACUGUACAUGUCAGAAUUUGAUAAAAUGGCUGUGAGUGCACAUUCCAUUUCGAAAGGGAUGGCUAUUUUGGUUGGAGCCACAUAGCAAUAGCAAAAUAUUGUUAAAUAAAAAAAACUUAAUUCUUCAUUCAUAA